GUGCGACAGAAGCCAAUCAGGGUCACUGCACAACACAGUCUCCUAGCAAGUUUGCUGGACUCCCUACACCCGGAAGAUGCGGGUCAUGAGGCCCCCAACUCUCCUGCUGCUCUGGGGGGCCCUGGCCCUGACCCAGACCUGGGCGGGCCCUCACUCCCUGAGAUAUUUCUACACCGCGGUGUCCCAGCCGUACCAGCUAAAACCCCGCUUCACCAUCGUGGGCUACGUGGAUGACACGCAGUUCGAGCGGUUCGACAGCGACUCCGAGAGACAGAGGGCGGAGCCGCGGGCGCCAUGGAUGGAGCAGGUGGAGCCGGGCUAUUGGGACCUGAGCAGGCUGAACGCCAGGGACUCAGCACAAACGUUCCGAAGGAACCUGCACACCCUGCGCGACUACUACAACCACAGCGAGGACGGGUCUCACACACUCCAGUUGCUGUUUGGCUGUGACAUGGGACCGGACGGCCGCCUCCUCCGCGGGUACCACCAGUACGCUUACGAUGGCACCGACUACAUCGCCCUGAACGAGGACCUGCGCUCCUGGACCGCGGCCAACACCGCAGCUCAGAUCACCCGGCGCAAGUGGGAGGCAGAAGAUGUGACUGAGGAAAGGCGACACUACCUGCAGGAGGAGUGCAUAGAGUGGCUGCACAGAGUCCUGGCGAUGGGGAAGGAGGCGCUGCAGCGCGCAGACCCUCCAAAGACACACGUGGCCCACCACCCCAUCUCUGACCAUGAGGUCACCCUGAGGUGCUGGGCCCUGGGCUUCUACCCUGCGGACAUCAGCCUGAGCUGGCAGCGUGAUGGGGAGGAGCAGACCCAGGACAUGGAGCUGGUGGAGACCAGGCCUGCGGGGGAUGGGACUUUCCAGAAGUGGGCGGCCCUGGUGGUGCCCCCUGGAGAGGAGCAGAGAUACACGUGCCAUGUGCAGCACGAGGGGCUGCCCGAGCCCCUGACCCUGAGAUGGGAGCCGCCUCCUCGGGCCACCAUCCCCCUUGUGGCCCUCAUUUUGGGCCUGGUCAACUUUGGAGCUGUGCUCACUGGAGUUGUGCUCGCUGUAGCUGUGAUGUGGAGGAGGAAGCGCUCAGGUGGAAAAGGAGGGAGCUACGCUCACGCUGCCAGUGAGUAUGGAAGGUUCCUCCUUUGGUCCCCUCUCCUGGGGGGCUCAGACCCUGUCCUGUUUUGUUCUACCUCAGACAGCGAUGCUGCCCAGGGCUCUAAUGAAUCUCUCAUGGCUUAUAACCCCUGAUAUAAAGAGGGGUUGGGACAAAGAGGACAGGUCUGGGUGAUGGGGA